GAGGGCUUGCAUCUCGUCUGAUAGAGACACCAGCUUGGGACAAAGAGACACUUCUGCCAAUAUUAUUAAACCGUUUCUGUGGAUCAAUUGUCUCAAUCCAUCAAUUACUUCUUUUCUUUACCAUCCUUGGAUGUUUGAGAUACCAAUUGCCUAUAAACCUGUCUUCCUUAAUAUGGAUCUUGAUGUGACUGAUUGCUGUAUUACUGAUUUCAUUGAGAACUCUAUGUGGAGUAUGGAUGCUUUGAAUUCUCUGUUUGGUCCAAACUGGAGUUCGCCUAUCAUUUCCCAUGGGAAGCUUGUCUCUGGGGUGAACAAUCAUUGGCUGUGGUUUCCAGAUUCAAAAGGUACCAAAAUCUCUUCUAAUGUUUAUAAUUUUUUAACUAGCAACAAGGUGGAGGCCCAGGGUUGGUGUGGUUGGUCUAAUAUUUGGAAAUUAAACAUUGCACCUAAAGCCAAACAUUUCAUCUGGCUUUUGAACCAUGUUCUGGAAUCUGCUGAUCACUUGUUUAGAUCUUGUCCUGUCAGUUUAAGAAUAUGGAGAAUGGUGGAACUCAUUGCUAGCAUCAAAACUAAUCUGGUGGAUCUUCUCACCAGUGGGGCUUGGUUAGAUUUCUCUCUUGCUGGUAACUCCAAAUUUGUGGCCUCAAUCAUUGCCUCUACUAUUUGGCAUAUUUGGAAAUGUCGUUGUAACUUCAUUUUUAGACAGGAAAGGCCUGACUUUUGCAAAAUUGCUAAUUGGGCUGUGCUUCAUGUGCAAGAUUUCUUGAUCUCCCCUAAUAGUUUCAAAAUGCAGAAUUAUCUCAUGAACAGUCGGCCUCAUCCUGGUUUCAUGGGAAUUUUCUCUGCAGCCGCAUGGAAUUCAGCUACAGGUAUUGGGGGUCUUGGAUUUGUCUUGAUUGAUUCUAAUGCCAAUGUCUGUUGUGCAGGGUGUGUUAAUUGCAACUUCACCAGUUCUGUUGAUAUGGAAUUAAAGGCUUUAAACCUGGCUUUAUCUUAUUCUAUGGAGGCAAGGUUGCGCGUUUCAAAUGUUUACAUCAGUUCGGUUGAGUUAUGGAAAGCUUUGCAUCUCUUGGAGAAUGAAGUUGGUUGGCGACAUGUACAUUCGUUUCUUCAUCUGCGCGAACUUCUGCAACUUUCAAAUCAUCCCAGUGUUGAAGUCAUCCCUCACCAAUGGAAUCGCAUCGCGGCUGCUUUGGCUGGGCACAGCAUCAGUUUUCCCCAUUUGUCUCUGUUUCACAGAGGUUUGGAGAAACCCAAAUGGCUCAUGGAGUUGAUUUCUCAUGCUGGCUUCUCUUAGCGUGUUUGUUUUAGUUGUAUUUUUU